AGGAAAAAGAUUCUAGAGAGUCUUCCACUUCUCAACAGUCGAUAAUUGUGUGCUUCCCCCUCUGCUUCAGUCUCUCUGGUUGAAAAUUGACCCUCACAAGUCACAAACCACCUUCAUCUUGCCUUCUCUCUGGAUAUCACACUCGCUACCCGUCAUCCAUGGCGGCCGCUAGAGUCAUGAUGUCUGCUAGCAUUAUCUCCACAUCAUCUUCUAUGUUCUUCAAAGCCGCGACCACUCCAUUCUUAAAACCUAAUCGAUUAAGACAUUGCUUCAAUACCCACAACAGAUUACCUUCAAGUAAAAGGCUUUUCACCUGUAAAUCCCUCUACAGGCCGCAUGUCCAGAUCAAAGAGGAAGGACAACCUGAAACCCUAGAUUACAGAGUCUUCUUCGUCGAUGAUUCUGGCAAAAAGAUUUCACCUUGGCAUGAUAUACCGCUGCACUUGGGUGAUGGAGCAUUCAAUUUCAUUGUUGAAAUCCCCAAAGAAUCAAGUGCAAAAAUGGAGGUUGCUACUGAUGAGAUUUAUACCCCAAUUAAGCAAGAUACAAAGAAAGGGAAACUUAGAUAUUACCCGUAUAACAUUAAUUGGAAUUAUGGGUUGCUUCCACAAACAUGGGAAGAUCCAUCAUUAGCAAACCCUGAUGUAGAUGGUGCGUUUGGAGAUAAUGAUCCAGUUGAUGUUGUUGAAAUUGGUGAAAUUCGUGGGAAAGUGGGCCAACUUAUGAAGGUGAAGCCUUUAGGUUGUCUAGCUAUGAUCGAUGAAGGUGAGCUUGAUUGGAAAAUUGUUGCAAUUUCAUUGGAUGAUCCACGGGCCCCACUUGUGAACGAUGUUGAUGACGUGGACAAGCAUUUCCCCGGGACUUUAACUGCAAUUAGAGACUGGUUUAGAGACUAUAAAAUCCCUGAUGGAAAACCAGCCAAUAAAUUUGGACUUGGCAACAAAGCAGCUAAUAAGGAUUAUGCUUUGAAGGUGAUUAUGGAGACCAAUGAAUCAUGGGCUAAGCUUGUGAAGAGAUCAAUUCCAUCUGGGGAGCUUUCUCUUGUGUAAAUAUGAAAUUUCCAUGUCAUCAAUUUUUUUGGUAAGUUUUAUUCUUUUUUCUUGAAUUUUUGCAAAUAUGGAGCUAAUGCUCAAUAGAGAAAUAUGUGAUUUUAUUAGGGUUUGUUUGGUAUGAUGAAACAUUGAAAUGUAAACGCAAAUGAAUGUAUGGUAUGAUGCAAACAUUGAAAUGUAAUAACAAAGGAAUGGAAUAAUAGUAAUUGAACGAGCAAUCUUGUUGA